AUGGAUCAGAAACCCUAUUCAUACCUAAAAUCCCAAUACAUCGGUCUCCACUCAAGCCGUUUUCAAAAUGUGUUCAUAACUUCAGAGCCUUCACCUUCCCUUUAUCACCCUAUUGGUGGUCAUAUUGUUAAACGUGAUGCUCUUACUCUACAAGAAUUGUACAGAUUUCAAGCUCACAACAAUUCAAUUGUAGUUACUCUCCCAAUUCCUCCUGAUAGCCCAGACAAGCUUACAACAAUGGCUUAUUGUGGAGAAAUCAAGCUUUUUUCUUUAUCUGGAACUCUGCUAUCAUCAGCAAUCUGUUCAGAGCGUAUUGUUCGUCAUGGAUGUGUAAUCUGUUUUAGUAGAGCGUGCUAUUUUUAUAAUAAAAAAAUGGAAUUACCAGCUCUUUUGUAAAGCAGAAUAAAUAAUCAAGGAAAUUUAGUAGCUGCAUCAUCUGUAUUUGGAGUUUAUAAUGGAAUUAUUGAUGUUUGGAGGAUUAAUGAAAACUUUAGCUUUGAAAAAAUUCUAACUAUUCGAGGAAAUUAUAAACUAUGUGAGUUUUCACAUCUAAAUUCUCUUUUCGCAUUAAGAGAGAAUACACCAGAUGAGCAUAGAGGGCCAUGUCUAAGACAAAGAGAUAUGCCUAUUCCUGAAGAUUUAGCUUGCACAGAUUUUCAUAGCGAUUCUGAUAGUGAAGAUCCUAUUGAUGAUAUAAUGGAAACCAUGAGACAACGGCAUCAGAGAAAAUUCAUAUACUAUGGCUGCUUGUUCCAAAGAAUUGAAGGGGACAGAAAUUCGUUAUCUAUUACUUUACCAAAUUUCAGUAGGAUUAACUCAAUUAUAACAAAUAGGAAAGGACAAAUUGCAGUAGGAUACUUGUGCAGAACAAUAGCUAUUAUUGAUAUGGAAACUUUGGAAAUUCUUCAUAUGUUUAAAGUAACUGGAGCUGGAUCAAUGCUUUGCUUAGAGUUUAUUGAUAAUUUUUGCUAUUUUUCACCAAAUUCAGGAAUUUAUACAAAAUUCGAUAUAAAUCAAGAAAAAGUUUUGGGAGAAAUCGACUUAAAUUUCGUUAAUCCUGCUUUUCAAACAGUAAAAACAGGGAUUCAGUGGAUAAAUAAAACUUGCGCAUACCUAAGAUGAAUUAUUCAAGAUUCGGUAUUGGUUGGGCUUAAUGAAUACGGCAUUUUCCUGUGAAAUUUUAAAGACUUUCCCAAUUCAAGUGAAAUCACAAAAGAAUUGAAAUUAGAGUUUUUUAAAAUCACUUGUUGUGGCCUUGAGAUAAACCCAAUAGAAGAUUUAAUUGCUGUCGGAGAUUUUGUUGGGAAUAUAAAAGUCUUUGAUACAAAAACCUAUCAACUUGUGUAUGAAAGACAAAUUCCAUCGGGCAUUCGAUGUUUGUCGUGGGAUAUUAAUGGAAAAGAAAUCUAUCUUGGAGGCCUCGACGGGCAUUUGUAUAAAGUAAAUGGGGAAACUGAGAAUUACGAUCAAAUUUGGAAUUUGCAAAGUGAUGUUAUAUGUAUGAGCUGAAAGCAGGGCUUAAUAAAAGAUUAUCUAGCAGCUGGAACCAAGAAUGGAGAGCUUUGAAUUCUAUCGAAAGCUGCUGAUAGCAAUAUGAGCGUAGAUACGAGUUUUAUUGCCCAUGACAAACAAUCAGAUAGUGAAGACGUAAAUUUCGGCUCUCUCAAAUAUUUCAGUGAAAUAUGGACUUUAGCAUGGUCACCUGAUUCCGGCUUAAUAGCAACAGGCUCUGAAGAUCAAACUGUCAACAUCUGGGACUGAACUUCGAAAAAUAUGAUAAUUGCUCUUCCUAAGCACUCUAAAGCAGUUACAGGUGUUAGGUGGCUCCCAAUCUCAGCAACUUCAAUUAAAAAUGCAGAAAUUUGCGAAUUGUUUUUGACAUCAUCUGAUGACCAAACUAUGAGAAUUUACGACCCUAAGACCUGGACUUUAUUGCACAUCUUUACGACCAAUUUUAUUAGAGAAUGGCAUACCAUUACGUAUGCAGCAAUAGAAGAAAACGGCAAACGAGUAGCUUGCGUUACUCAGAAUGGCUACCUGAUGAUUUUCCACUUACUCCCCCUCAAUGAGCAAACAACAAAGCCACCGUAAAAAUCCCUAACGAACAAAAAUUUUUUGAUAUAGAAAUUUUUUAUGAUAAAAAUAUUUUGAUAUAUAAUUGAUAAUGAUUAUCAUGAAAUAUUUAGCUAAUUCUGUUUAAUUUUAAAAAGCUUGCAUUUUAAAACAUAAAAUUUUACAAAUUAAUUAAUAUUUACUUUAAAUUAUUUCAAAAAUGGGAUAAUUUUAAAUUUUGAAAAAAAAAUCCCCGUCUAUGAGCAAAUAAAAUGUUUUGCUCGAUUACUGAGGGGGAAUUAGAAACUCUUGAAAACGGAUUUUAUGGAAGAAUUCAUAAUGGGUCUGUUGAAGGAUUGGACUGGAGAAAUGGAAAACUUGCCACAUGUGCGUCAGAAUGCCUUAUUUGCAUUAUUGAUACAAAUUAA